UGAUGGCUGACUGAGCAGAGUUAUUGUUAGAGUUUCAACGGAAUCAUAUCUUGACAUGCACAUGGAUCGUGAUGCAAUAUUAUGCAAAUGAGACAAAGGGAAAAUUGUUGUUCCUCCGUCUCUGUUGAUUAAUAAUGUAACGCUGUAUGUCAGCCGCUGUCAGCGAAACAAAUUGAUUGGUCAGGCGAUUUUCUUCUUGUUCGCUUAUCGCUGCGUUUUACUGCAGUCUGUAGAACACAGAGGAACAACCCCAGGUAUCAGACACAAGUUUCAUGGAGUUAACUUGGCAUUGUAGAUUUUGACAUUAACAAGCAAACACAAAAAGGAGAUACGGUAAUCUAUUUUUCUUUCUUUUGACCUAACGCUAAAAAUUUUCAGGCUGGGGUACUUUCUAUGGGUCAAUAUGUUGUCUUAAUUUACAACAAAGACUUCGUCCCUGUGAUGAGUUAUACUCGUCAUCUGCAACGUUAUAGUGCAAGUUCACCAACACGAAUAGAACAAGGAAUUGCCACAGAACUUCACAUAGCGACUUUUAGUUAAUUAUAAUGCGUAGUUUUCUUCUGUAUGGUGUGUUUACAUCGUACGAUCGUGAGGUUGGUUCUUGUCACCCUCUAACACUCGAUUUACAAUCAUCAAGAAACGUUAAAUUUCACAAUAAUUAAAAAUGUAAAUUCCGUAGACUAACUGCGAAACAAAUGAAAUUAUACGAGGCGUUACCAUCAAAAGAACUUUAGUGUCAAAGGUCUGGUUUGCCGCAAAUUAGAAGACCGGAAUUAUGUAUACGAGGCAAAUAUUAAGCUUACCUCUUACAGUUUCUUUUUUUGUCAAAUGGUUUAUAUGAAAUAAUUUGUGGUUUUUAAUAAAGCCUAAAGAGUGACCUUUGAUCGAUCGCAUUUACAGUCCUAAAUUGUUUCUUUUAGUUGUGCCGAUUUUUAACGACUUCAGAAGAACUAUUUGGUAACCCCUGUGUAAUUUUCCUUGUCCACCGCUGUAUUUAGAAGCUAUACUCUAAAUAGAAUAAGAGAGAUGGUAAGUUUUGAGCUCGGUAAAGAAAUAGAGAAAAUUGUUUUUUCAUCUUGUCACGAGCGUGGGAUAAAGAAACAAUUCUGAGUCCCCAUGAGGUAUCGAACCUCGGAACUUCCGAUUCCGCGUUCCUCAUGGGAACUCAGAAUUGUUUCUUUGUCCCAUGCUCGUAACAAGACGAAAAAACACCUUUCUCUACAUUCUAAAUGUUGUCUUUCAUGUAUUUUGAAAUAAUUUUCUCCUUUAAUGAAGAAAUGUUAUUUGAGUUGGGAAAAUACUCAUAAAUGUGUAGUUAUGUUCACAUCUCUUACAUUAGCAUGAUAGUCAUAACUAAUUAUAUACUUUAAUUCAAUUACUAUUAUAUUUCAUAUGUAAGACUUGCUCUCAACCUUAUCAAAUAUGAAAUGGAUGACCAAAAAAAGAAUAAAUAUAGUGAAAGAUAGAAAUUAACCAGUGUAAUAUGCAUAAAUAUCAACAAAAUAUAUCUAAUAGUAUAUAAAAUAAUUAUAUAGCAAAGAACCAGUAAUAUUAUUGCUUGUUAAACUUAAUGGUACGGAACAUUUGAUGUCUCUUGUUGAUACCAACAAAUAUGAGGCAAGGUUUCUGGAAAGUUUUUUGUUUUGUUUUUGUUGUCAUAAUCUUUUUUUAAACAUUUUACUGACAACAUUCAAUACAUUACAUAAUUUACUUACAAUAUAUAAAAUUCCAAUAAUAAAAAUGUUCAAUACACAUCUCGGAACAAACUAUUCCAAUGUUAUAUUAACCAGACAACAGACUAACUUUUGAACUAAAAGCCAUUGUUGUUACACACAGGAAAAUGAAAAGUUUAUAAAGUGAAAUAUAUAAUGCUUUUAGUUUUAGUAUCUCAUCAAGAUUUUAAUUGCAUAUUUAUUAUUUUUGAUAUAUUCAUUAUUAUUGAUAUAUUCUGUGAAUUUUAGUUGCAGCCUGUGUAAUCUGGUACAUGUCUUGAUGACAUCCUUACCAGGAAGUCUUGGUUGGCCUGUCACUGGUGACAAAACACUUGAGUUUGCCAGAAACCCAGCAGAUUUCAUCCAACGCAAUAUUAAAACAUGUAACUCAAGGGUUUUUCAAGUACGAGCACUGAACAAACCCCAUGUACUUGUUGCUUCAAAUCAAGGAGUCAAGGAAAUUCUAGAAGGUGUUGCAAAUGGAUUUGCAUUACAGUAGAACCCUGCUAACUCAGACUUGGUUCACUGGUAGCUCUGUCAAUUACAAUCAGCCAACUAUUUUUUGUUUCCCUUAGGAGUUUGAGUUGGUGGAGUUCCACUGUAUCUAUGUCCAACAAGAAUUGUAUUUAGUCUGGUAUUGAGGGAGGAGAUGGUGAAUUCCACCCUUUAAUUUAUUUAGUCGUAGUCUUUAUUAGCUCACCUUAACCUUUUGAUGGCUAAGAGUGACCAGCAUUUAAUUUAUCCUUAAAAUAUCACCCCUGAAUCACAUAAGGGUCAGGAGUAUAGAGGAAAAAAUGAUCUCCAACUGUUAAGAGGCUCUUGACUGUUGAACAAAUUCUCCUUAUCAGCAACUUUGGAAAUGUCUCUAAAACAAUAUGGAGAAUAUGUAUACUGAUGUUGGAGUGUAGAAUGUUCGGUAGUUCUUUCCAAUUACUAUUAAGAUGAUGCUAAAUGUUUAGAAUCUCACUCACUUCUUAUUCAUUUUUCUCCUCAAAAUCCCCCUCUCUACCCUUAUGUUCUCUCCUCUUGAUAAAAAUAUUUGUCCCACAUUUGAUUUUUCAACCUGUUAAAGUACAUUUUUUCUGUUUUUUUUUGUCAGAUAAGGAUGGUGUGCUUGACAUGGGCUACAAAGAUUUUGGAUAUAUGUAUAGUUUAUAUGGAGAUUUAGUAAUUUUUAACAGUGAUGAUGAAGCUAUACGGCUAAGAAACAUUCUUCACAAUGUCUUUCGGCCUGAAGAAGUGACCCGUUACAUGGGUGAUGUGGAAGUUGUGUCCUCAAGAUUAUUGAAUAGUAUUGAAGACAAUGACAUUGUUAUUCCAUAUAAGCUGUUCAAGCAGCUCACAACUGAGGUAUGCUUGCGAUUAUUCCUGGGACUGGAAAUGGAAACUGCCAAAAGGGAAGCAGAAUCUGUUGUUGAGCUCACAAUAACUCACUGGCAUGGUAAGUCAUUGAUGAUGUAAAUUUUUCUUAUGGAACAACCUACAAAAUAAAUAAUUAUGUGAUGAAUUUCAAAUGAAAAUCAUACCAAUGGCCCAAAAACUUCUUUCAUAAUACAAAUCAUGUCAUUUAAAAAUAGCCUUAAAGUUUGCAAUUUAUCUAAGUUGAAUCAAAUUCAAACAAGGGGGUUUUGGGGGCAUGCUCCUCCCAAAGGAAUCAACAUUUGAAACUCUCUGGGAAGUGAUUUUCAGCAUUCUGGGAGAGUCAUUUGUCUGACUAACUUUUUUAGCAAGACAUUAAUGGUAAAAUAAGUUCAAAGAUAAUUAUUUUGUCUUUGAUCACAACUGGUGUGAGAUCAAAGUGUUUGUUUUGCACAUAUGAUGCUUACAUUGAAAAAAUAUUGCCAGCUGAGGAUAUUGUGAUCAAAAUUUAUUGUUGUGAUUUAGGCAGUACUGAUAAAUGUGCCUUUUUUUCCAAGGGCUUAUUUCUGUUCCAGUGACUUUUAAUGUUUAUGGUUAUAAAUCAGGAUACAGUAAGGCAAUGGUAGCAAAGGUAUUAUUUUGUUUAAUUAAUUCUCUGGUAAUAUCCAAUACUGUGUGAUUCACUACCAGUCUAAACAGCAGCACAACUUGCAUGUGUUUACAGUAACUGAUCACAUCUUAUGAACAUCAGUGACAUGAUAAAGUGCACUUUGUGUGCUACUUUCUAGUUCUUACAGCAUUUGAUGUCAUCUAUGAUCAAUAACUGCACAGACAAAUGGUAAAAUAAUUUGUUUAAUGAAGGGACAAUAAACAAUAGAUUGUUUGCCAGAAUAUUAAUAUCUCAUGUCAAUUAUAAUUGUUAUAGUCAAUCACAUUGCACCUUUUGCCCUUUAUUUAGCAAACAAAAGGUUGGUUUAAAAGUAAACAAUAAUAAGGAAAAAAUUUUUAUCACAAAGAAAUGUCAUUUUGAAUCAACUAUUUUUAAAUUAAUGCAAUUUUAUAAUUUUUCCACAGUAUUUCUAUGCUUAGUGGCACUGUAUUAAGCAGUCAUCCUGUCUAUUUAGUGGUUGAUUUUCAAAUUCCUGACAUUUGUUCCUCUUAAUUACUGUAAUGUUCACUAAGCAGUCACCUCUGUUAAGGGGUCAUGGUCACUUUUACUGAGUCCCAACAGCCUGUUUGGAUUUUUCUCCACCUGUAUUGAUCUGUCACGUGGAGCGCGACCAUUCAGAUAACACUAGGAAUAAUCUUUCAAGUAAAAUUUAGUCCAUUUUUAUCUCUCAAAAUCAAUGUUAGUAGUAUCUCUAGAAAUGUCUAUACAUUACAAAGUUAAUUAGGGCAAAAUAUGGCAUUUUUGUUGUUCUUUAUAGUAGUCCUAUUCUGUAGAACCAGUAUGUAACAGUCACCACACCAUUCCCUGUGGGUGACUGCUUAUUAGAAGUUCAACUGUAACAAAUAUUUCAUUUGUUUUGUAGAACAAUCUGUUGACAAUUGUCAGUAAACGUCUCUCAGAGGAAAAGAAUGGGUGAGUAUGUCCAUGGAGAUUUUGGUACUGUUACUGUGUUAAAUAACAAAAGCAAAAAUGUGCUUAAGACAGGCCCUUUGAUGCAUGCUUUUCCGCUGAACACAAAGUGUGUGAAGGUUUUGCACAUGCAUUGGGCAUGUACCUUUGAGCUGUACUGUAAGUAAGUUAUAAUGUUAGAAAAAAUGAUGCUGAUACAUUUCACAAAAUCUUUAUUAAGAAAUCUAUUCUUUUUCAGGUUCAUAAAUGUUAUGAGAGAAUCAGAAUUUAAAUCCAUGACUGAAAUGGCAAAUCACAUUUUGUUAUUUGUGUCAGCUCUGGUUCCCAAAGCAUUGGCUUCCCUCAUGACCUCCUUUUGCAUUGAGCUUGCCAAGCCUGAGAAUGUAAGUACAUUAUUGAAGAUCUACAUGGGAGCAGCUGAAUUUGUUUAUCUGAGGUUUUUAUCAUCCCCUUAAGUCUGAAAAAAAAAAAGCUCAAAGAUUAAGCCAUCCCUCAGGCUCUCAUCCAGUUGGGAGACAAAUGAAAAAGAACAAGGAAGGAGAGUGUAAAAUGCUUAUAACAUCAAGGUGUUGGUCAAAGAGAUCUGGAGACUGAGUAUGAGUUUGCAGCAAAACAUCAUAGGCCAGGUGACUUGGCUUUUUAAUUAUUAUCGCGUCAACUGAGAGAUCAAUAGAACAAAUUUCAAGUGUUCUGACUUCUCUCAUAACUCUAAUUUGAUUGCUGGACAGACAGUCAGUCACUCAUUCAUUUGCCUUGACAUUGGGCUAAUGCUUGAAACAUCAGCUUUAGAAACUCUUUACCGUGGCCAAUUAACAUUAUCAACUUAAUUGAUAAAACUGAAUUAUUUUUCCAUACUCCCCCACCAAUGCAGCAUCACAGUUUUCUAAGAAACUUACCAGUACCCUUACAGUUAGUCAGUCAGUUAGUCAGCCAGUGGAGGCCUGUCUUCUCUGUUUAGUUUAUGUCACCAAUUUCAAUUCAUAUGUGUUGUUGUGACUGAUUCUCCAGCUUGAGAAGAGAAUCAAAGCAGCCAAGGAUGAUAGGUAUCUGGAAAAUGUGCUUUUAGAGAUAAAACGACUUUGGCCACCCUUUCUUGGUGGACGAAGACUAGCAAAACAGGUGAGCAUUUCACAUAUUUAAGACUGCAACUCUCUUGAUUUAAUCCAGAGCUAAGUUAAACCAACGUGGUUUGAAAACUCAGUCUAUUGCCCUUAAAGCAGAAUGUUGUUAGUACUGAUUAUGUCCACUAUCACACCAAAAGCAUUUGGCCUUAAGGGGGAAAGGGUUGGGGAGAUGUAGCUAUGUAACAGCUCAUUAAAUGAUGUACCAACCACUAUCUGUGUUAAAUUUAUAUCAAAAUUUCUAUUCAGUCCUGUGGUGGUGAAGGUGAAGCAAUGAAGAUUGUAAUGAUGGAGGUUGUUGUGACUUUUUUGAUAAAAGGAAGAUUGCAAAAACCAAAUAAGUGACUGAAAUAAUUGUAGUUGUGAAGAUGCAUGAUCGCACUGUUACUGAAAGUGAAUCUUAACUCUUUGCCUUUGGUUAUUCUUCUUCCCACAGGAAGUCAUAAUAGAUGGUUAUAAAGUUCCAGCAGGUCACUAUGUGGGAAUUCUCACAAGAGCAGCAAACUGUGAUCCAAAAAUAUUUCCUGAAGCUGAAAAGUUUUUACCUGAAAGAUGGGACACUUGGUGAGGUUGCUAAAAGAAAACUCCCUUUUGGUUUACUUUUUCCAUGGCAUUAUUUUUUUCCUUUAACUUAAACUGCAAAGUUUUGUUAGAUCUUGUUUAUAAUUUGAUAUUUUCUUGUUCUACAGUAACCAGUUAGACAGGGAUCGAGUGUGGACAUUUGGCUCAGGUCCUCGGAUGUGCAUAGGGCAUAAGUUUAUUCACAAGAUUAUUAAGGUUUGUGCUCAGGAUCAAGAAAGGGUGAACAGAACCCUUAGUCUCUUAACGACCAUUCCUAAGAAUGUCACACUUCCCCCAUUGUGUGACAUCUUAAAAGAAUGGCUGUGAAUGAGACAGUGGUCCAUACAAUACUGUCCAGCAAGGGUGAAGUUUUAAAGUACUUUUCCAUGUAAUUGAGCUGUUAGGGAUUAUCAUAGCUUUUUAGCUACGUAUUUAGUUUUUUUAUCGAAGCUAGUAUUUUUAAUUUUUUGCAGCUUCUUGCAAAACAUCUUCUCCAGUCAUACGAGUGGGAACUGGUACCCGGUCAAGAUUUGACAUACAAAUGGCUUCCUGUGUCACGCCCCAAGAACGAUGUGCAAGUUGUGUUUACGAAGAUUGCGUUAUGAAAUUGGAUUGCCUGGUAACAUUUUAUGGACAUUUUUAAUUUUUUUUCAAAGGUUUUUACUAAAUACUACUUUGCUCAACUGAUUCCAAACUUCUUUUUAACACGAGUGAAAUAUAUUUUUUUCCUUUUAAAAAUGGAUGUAACAUAAGUGACGAAAGUAUUAAUCAAGUGUUUUGGACAAAUUAUAAUGAGUAUUGUAAUCAUUAGAGCCUUUCAGUAAUAAAUGCGCU